UUCAUACUUUGAAUCGUACAUAUGUUUCCACGUUUACGAAUUGUACAUAGCAAGUUGUUUUCUGCGCAUUUUAGAAAUGAGCCCCAAGUCCGAAAUAUUUCCCGUUUCGUGUCUAAAACGUACGAUAAGAGAUUGCCGGUGAACACAAUAAUCAAUAUAGUCCCGCAGCAAGAAGCUUGGGUAAUAGAACGUUUAGGAAAGUAUCACAAAGUCCUUGAGCCUGGUCUUUCAAUUCUUAUCCCCUUUAUUGAUCGAAUUGCGUACGCGCACUCUUUGAAAGAACUAGCUCUUGAUAUCCCUUCUCAAUCCGCCAUAACUAGAGACAAUGUUACACUCCACUUGGAUGGGGUUUUGUACCUAAAGGUUUUUGAUCCCCAUAAGGCAUCUUAUGGCGUAGAAAAUGCCGAAUACGCCGUGACCCAACUUGCCCAAACGACGAUGCGCUCGGAGAUAGGCAAACUUAGUCUCGACAGCGUCUUUCAUGAGCGAUCGCUGCUAAACUCUACUAUUGUGGAAGUAAUUAAUCAAGCUGCUUACGUCUGGGGAAUUUCUUGUUUGCGUUAUGAAAUACGUGACAUUGAUAUACCCAAGACCGUCGUAGAAGCCAUGCAAAUGCAAGUGGCAGCCGAUCGCAAAAAACGGGCCGCCGUGCUUAUGGCUGAAGGCGAGAAGACCUCACAGAUUUUGAAAUCAGAAGCAGUGAAACAGGAAUCUGUAAAUAAAGCGGAGGGCGAAGCAGCUGCUGUUCUAGCAAAAGCGAAGGCGACGGCUGCCUCCAUCGAUCUGAUCGCCGCCAGCAUUAACCGAGAGGGAGGAUCAAGCGCUGUCUCCCUCAACAUCGCGGAACAAUACGUUAAAGCCUUUUCAAAUAUCGCUAAAGAAAGCACCACAAUGCUCCUCCCAUCCACCGUCAGUGACUUGGCCUCUAUGACCGCCUCUGCCUUAUCAAUUUUUAAAAAGAUUUCUGCUAAAGAAGGGGGCCAGAAAUAA